UUCUUUAAAAUUCAGUUUGUUUUGAGAUUUUGAAGAGUAUACAAGAUGAAUCGACUGCUGGCAUUCUUGUUUGUGUUUAUCAUAUGCGUACAAUUUACCAAUGGAAAUAGAGGAAGAGAAAAGCUUCCCAAAGGUCGAUUCCCAGUGCCUAAAAUAAAUGAUCGAGGAAAUAUUGGCAGAAUUCCAAAUAUCAAAAAUUCUGGAUCUUCAUUCAACAAUCCAAAGCCUUUAAUUCAUAUUCCGAGCAAUCGGAUUCCGUCUUUUAAGAAUCAAAAGUCUCCAAUUCAGCAAUUUGUUUCAAAUAAUCGAAUUCCAUCAUUUAAUAAUCGAAACUCUCCAAUUCAGCAAAUUAUUCCAAGCAAUCGGCUUCCUUCCUUCAAGCUUCCAAAUAUCGGAAAUCCGUUGAGUAGUGUGAAUUCUUUAUUUAAAGGCUUUCGACUACCGGGUGGAUUCAACUUACCUCCUUUGCCUUCUUUUGGCUGAUGAACCAUUCCAUGAUUUAAAUGAUUCAGAACUCAUCAAAAAAAGGACACAUAACUCAAACCUGUAUUUUCUUAAUAUCAAAAUAGUAAGAACACGUGAUAACCUGUUUGCAAAUUUUUCCAAAAAUAAAAAUAAAACAUUUUAAAAUUUA